AUGUUGAACCUUGCAAAAAGGGUUGACCACUGGACGUGGGAUCCUAAUGAAGAGCGUAGACGGCAGGAGAAGUGGCAACAGGAGCAGGAACGCCUGCUGCAGGAGAAAUAUCAGCGAGAGCAGGAGAAGCUGAAGGAGGAGUGGGAGAAAGCGCAGAGAGAAGUGGAAGAGGAGGAGAGGAGACACCAUGAAGAGGAAAGACAGAUACUGGAGGAAACCGUGACCCCACUGACCCCUCACACAUCAGGUUUAUCAUCCAAUAUGGUGACAGAAGCUCCGCCCCCCACCCAGCCCUCGGCCCCAUGUGACACCAUUGUCCUCUCUUGGCUGACUGGGAAAGGAAACAGGAAGUGCUGGAGAAGCAGGCGGACCAGAGUAACAGACACAGCCCUGAUCAAGUAAACACAGCAGCUCAGCAGAACGGUCAGAGAACUGAGCCUCAGGAGAGCCAAACAGCUACACCACAACUGCAGUUUAUACAGGAUGGCUCUUGGAGCCA